GAAGUGUAGUAUUUUGCUAGCUGAAUAGUAAUUUUGUUCUGUGCGUGUGAGAAAAGGAAGAAAAGAGGGUCGCCUAUAGCGAGGUGCUGCUGGGUUGGAAGAAGGUACUUUUUUUUAUUAUUAUUGUUCGCGCACUCUGCCCGUUUCCACCUCCUUAUCCUGGCGAAAGGUUGAACGGUUAAAAUGGAGGCGGAUAGAUCCGGCGGAGGACCAAACCCGAACUCCGGAGGCGGCAGCGGCAGCGGAGCGGGGCGCAACCCAAACGGGCCCAAAGCAGCACCGGGCCAGGCGACAUCAGCUGCGGCGACCGGGGCGAUGGCGGCAGCGGCGGCGGCGGCAGCGGCCGGGGCCAUGCCCGGAUCGUCGCAGGCUCGGGAGCUACAGGACGGGGACUCGGGCAUGACGCUUCCUGGGAUCCUUCACUUCAUCCAGUACGAGUGGGGACGUUUCCAGGCCGAGAAAUACCGCUGGGAGGCUGAGAGAGACGAACUCAGG